AUGCCCCGCCGUCAAGGACCUUCUCGUUCCUUGUUUGCCUCCCUUCCGUUAGAUCUCAAGCAAUCCCUUCGAUCUCAAUCCUUCGACAACUUCGCCAGCAAGUCAGAGGAAGUUCAAGUGAAAGCUGAACAGAUACUCGAUAUACCCAAGAGUGGAAUGCUGGAUACUCAGCCUCAAUCAGAUAGCGAUAGCGACAGUGAAAUAGAUGGAGACGGUUUACCUAUUAGAUAUCCAGAUGGUUAUAAUGUAAACAACAGCCAGAAUAAAUCGACUGUAGUAGCUCAAACGCCCAAUAUAGCAGGACCAUCAACUAUAGUAAACCAAACACUCGGAGUAACUGAAGCAGGUCCAUCAACCACCGUAAAGUCCCGAAGACACGUAAUUCAUACGCCUAAAUACGAUCCCACCCAGUUUGUAGGUUUAGGUCAACAGACACAUAAGAAAAGGAAGAAAGGUAAACAACCUAUACGAAACCCUUUGAACCCCUUUAUAGGACAUGAAUGGGACUGUACGGGAUUAGUCAAGAGAUUCACGGAUUAUACGGAAGUCCCCCAAGAUUUGAUGAAAUAUUACGCACAAAGACGACUAUACUUCCCAUUAUACGAUCAUCUUCCCCUACUUCUUGAUAGAACAGGAUGGUUCUCCAUUACCCCUCAACCUAUCGCUGCUCAUAUUGCGAAUCGAUGUAAAUGCGAUUUGAUAAUCGAUGCAUUUUGCGGUGUGGGUGGGAAUUCAAUUGAAUUUGCUAAAACCUGUGAAAGGGUUAUCGCUAUUGAUAACGAUUUGACUCGUCUCAAGUUGGCUCGACAUAAUGCUCUGCACCACGGUGUAGCCGAUCGGAUAGAAUUCAUUCACGGCGAUUUCAUAAAUUUCGCAAAGUCGUUCGUUGCCAACAGCAAUGGAAGGGAAGAAACUGUCGAUGUGAUCUUCCUAUCUCCUCCAUGGGGCGGAAUCGAUUAUCUCAACACCCCUUCUUCUACAUAUCCACUCUCUUCCAUCUUGCCUAUACCGGGGGACGAGCUGUUCAAGCUAUGUACGACGCUUACACCGAAUAUCGCAUAUUAUCUACCUAGGAAUACAGACCUGAAUGAACUUUCGACACUUGCCAAAACGAUCCAAGGGGAAGAUCCAGAUGGAAGAGGAAGGAAUAGAGAAUGGGUGGAAGUGGAGGAAGAGUGGGUGGGGGAAAAGCUGAAAGCUGUCACUGCGUAUUUUGGCGGGUUGGUUGCUGAUGAAUGA